AUGCGAGAUGGAUUGCUCUGCGGCACAUUGCUCAAAUUGAUGCACUGCCUGAGCGACACAAUAAGCAUUGAGCUUAGUGUGAUCAAAUCUGAGCUGCUUGAGCAUGCUCAGCUACACCAAGGUCACACUAAAGAGGGAGUUAUGGUGCCGUUUGGAUUGUACCUUACGACAUCAUCCCAUGAACUGCUAGAGCCGGCCGAGGCCACCGUGGCCGCCACCCCGGCCCUGCCUCUAGCGCAGGAACCGAUCGAGAAGAUUCGCGAAAACGAUUCUUCGACAGCUGAAUCAGGAUCAGCCGAGCCGACCACAGCGGACGAGUCUUCAGCGACACAGCCAGGCAAAAAGCGCAAACGAGCCGUCGCAACCCCCAAGCGGACACCGUCCAACCCGUGGCCCGACACGUUCAAGCAACUGUCACGCACCCACCGCGCUCUCAACCUCGUAUACACCUUCUGUUGCACUCGAAAACACUUUGUCACCACGUUCAGCAACAUCAAACAAGCCGUGCAAGCGCAGUUGCAGGGUCAAGAGCUGACAGUGGAGGACAUUGCUCGUGUUCGGGUUCUCGUCCCACGAGCAGUUCGUUUUGAAUACGUUGACGAUGACAAGCUGGAGCUUAUGACCACCGGAGAGCGAGAGGUUAAGCAGCUGGGAUAUGGUCGGGAUAUGCUUCCCGAUGCGGAUGGUGUUCCAACAAAGACCCUUCUAUUCGAGCUCGUUGAUCAAGACCUCAAGCGGGAAGUGAGACAUGCAAAGACCGGAGAACCGACCAAGCCUCGUCGCAAAAUGAAAAAUGAGGAUCUCAAAAUGCCGGUAUACAGUCAGAAGCAGAUGCUAGCCCUCAUUGAAAAACGGAACAAGAAGUUCACCGACGCCAUCGACGACUUCCUUAUCCGCUGCGAGGACGACAAAGUCGAUCCUGUUCAACGACUAGAAGCAGAGAAGGAUGCAUGGAUUCCCGUGCCCCCAGACGAAGAUGCGAUGACGGUCAUGGCGUCGGUGAAAGCGCCACCCCAGAUUCCCAAGGUUCGGAAAUCAAUGUCCGAAAUCGUGGAAGAGAUUCGACGGAUGGAUUGGUAUACGGCACAGAUUGUCCCAGAAGGGCAUCGGGUCUUUGAAGCACAGCCUCCCAUAUACGCAGAACUGAACUUCCAACUCUCUCAGAAUCUGGUUAAUGCCCUCUAUAACACUAAAGGCAUUACCCAAUUCUAUGCCCACCAGACCGAAGCCAUCAAUCAUCUGUACGAUGGCCACAAUGUUAUUGUCUCCACUUCAACUAGCUCCGGAAAAUCGUUGAUUUACCAGGUGCCCAUGCUACACGAACUGGAGAAAGACCCUGCCAGCCGCGGAAUGUACAUCUUUCCCACCAAGGCCUUGGCACAGGACCAGAGACGCAGUAUGCAGGAACUGCUCCAGUUCUUGGAUGGCCUACAGGACACCAUCGUUGAGACAUACGACGGAGACACCCCUAUGGCUGCACGAAAUCACAUUCGAGAUGAGGCGCGCAUCAUCUUCACCAAUCCCGACAUGUUACAUAUCACUAUCCUGCCUCAAGAAAGCUCUUGGCGUACGUUUUUGAAGAACCUGAAGUUCGUCGUCGUCGACGAGCUGCAUGUCUACAACGGAUUAUUCGGAUCCCAUGUCGCAUUCAUCAUGCGUCGUCUGCGACGUAUCUGCGCCGCUGUAGGAAAUCGCCAAGUGCGGUUCAUCUCCUGCUCGGCUACGGUAGCCAACCCGGAAGCGCACAUGAAAGCCAUUUUCGGGGUUGAAGAUGUCAAAUUGGUCGACUUCGAUGGCUCACCGUCGGGUCGCAAGGAAUUUAUGUGCUGGAAUACGCCAUUCAAAGAUCCAAACGACCCAGCCUCCGGCCGCGGGGACAGCGUCGCUGAAACCGCACGCCUGUUCUGCCAGCUAAUCUUACGUGGUGCUCGAGUAAUCGCGUUCUGUCGGAUACGCAAAAUGUGCGAGGUUCUCCUACAAGCUGUGCGAACAGAAUGCCAGAAUCUCGGUCGCGUUGAGGUUGCGAAGCUCGUCAUGGGCUAUCGCGGCGGCUACAGCCCGCAAGACCGACGCAUCAUCGAGAAGGACAUGUUUGAGGGUCGGCUAAUGGGCAUCGUGGCCACCAAUGCGCUAGAACUGGGAGUUGACAUUGGCUCCCUAGACGCCGUCAUCACUCUUGGCUUUCCCUAUUCUAUCUCCAACCUUCGCCAGCAAAGUGGCCGCGCCGGUCGGCGUAACAAGGAUUCACUCUCGGUUCUGGUGGGCGAUCGCUAUCCGACCGAUCAACAUUAUAUGCGCAACCCCGAGGAGCUGUUCACGAAACCUAACUGCGAGCUUCAAGUUGAUCUGACCAACGAACUUGUCCUUGAAGGCCAUAUCCAGUGUGCCGCUUUCGAGAUGCCCAUCCGCCCCGACGAAGACAGCGCCUACUUUGGACCCCAGCUUGCCGAGUUCGCCGCAACUCGCCUCACCCGUGAUGCUUUGGGUUAUUAUCACUGUCACGAGCGCUUCCGACCGCAACCAUCCCGCAGUGUCGCCAUUCGCGAUACCGAAGACCAGCAUUUCGCUGUCAUCGACACUACCAAUUCCCGCAACGUUGUCCUCGAAGAAGUCGAAGCUUCGCGCGCCUUCUUCACCAUCUAUGAAGGGGGGAUCUUCCUCCAUCAGGGCCAAACAUACCUUGUACAAGAGUUCUACCCCGACCGCCACUUCGCGCGCGUCAUCCGGGUCCAUGUCGACUGGAACACGAUGCAACGGGAUUACACCGACAUCGACCCCAUCGAGACCGACUCCAUCCGCUUCAUCAACCAAAACCCAUUCACCAUCAGCGCCUCAAACGCCCAAGCCCGAAGCCGCUCCGUCGAUUUCCCCGCGGAACCCGCCACGCGCGCCUUCUUCGGCUCGAUCCGCAUCCAUGCCGUGGUGUACGGGUUCUUCAAGAUCGACAAACGCGGCCGCAUCCUCGACGCCGUGACGGUCGACAACCCGCCGAUCGACAUCUACACGAAAGGCAUGUGGCUAGACAUCCCCAAGCGAGCCCUGGACAUCCUGCGCUCGCACAACCUAAACAUCGCCGCGGCCAUCCACGCCGCCGAACACGCCAUCCUCUCUCUCCUGCCGACCUUCGUGAUCUCCUCCCCGGGCGACGUGCGCACCGAGUGCAAGGUCGCGAAGAAGGAACUCGGCCGCGGGCUGCGACUGGCCGCGGACGACGGCCGGACCAAGCGGCAACUAGAAUCCAAGGUCCAGAAGAUUCUGCAGCCCCCCGCGCGUCAGCGACCCGCGCGCUUGACCUUCUACGACGCCAAGGGCGGGUCCUGCGGCUCCGGUAUCGCGAGCAAGGCCUUCGAAUUCGUCGACGUCCUGCUGCGUCGCGCCGUCGCGCGCAUCGAGGCCUGUCAGUGUCUCACGCCGCAGGGCUGUCUGGAGUGCGUCUGUGACGAGCGGUGCAAGGAGAUGAAUGAGGUCAUGAGUAAGGCGGGCGCUGGGGUCGUGCUGCGCUGUCUGCUGGGGUGGGAGGUGGAUGUCGAUGCGCUGCCGUGGGGCGAGGAGGUGGAUUUGAGCGCGGUAUGUGGGGUCGGCGGCGAGGAGCUGCGAGGUGGUCUGGAGACGGUCGUGCCUGCGGCUGAGGUGCCGCUGCGGUCUUAG